AUGGCGACUACUGCCAGUGCCAGGAAUGGAUUGUCAAUGGGUGCCAACUACGGCGCUCGAGCUGCCUACGACGUGCAUGGUCACAACCCAAUCUCUAAUGAGAAUCAACCGCUGGGAAGAAAUUCGGUAGCAUCGAACAAUGCACACACAACAAACAGCCGGCGAUCUUCCACGCAGAACAAAGACAUGGCACAUUCUGCCGCCAUAUAUUCCUCUAAACCAGUCAAUGGCCAUGCUGUCUCAAACAGUGACGAGGACAUCCCAGAGAACAUGUACAAACCGGACAACGAUGACCCUGAUGGCUGGAUCCACAGAGACAAAUUAGCGAAGAUCGAAAGUGAAGAGUUGCAGGCUGCUGGUAUAAACCUUGCAUCUGCGCGGUCUAGAAGUCGAAGCAGAGUCAAGAACGAGGCUACCAAUCGCAAUGAAGAGCUAUCUACAGAAAGAGAAGGAAAGAGACAACGGCUACAACCACCUAUCGAGACCGAUGACGAAGUUGACCACUCCUCCUGGGACUUGCGACUUCCCGAAGAGAUCGAGGCCGAGAGUGCCGCAGUAACUGCAGCUGCACACAUGUAUUCGAAUCCAUUGUUGCGAAAGUCUGGCUCCAAAAUUCCCAUCCUGACCAGCAGCCCGCACCCAAUACCAGCGAAGAGAUACGAGAGAGACACUCCGAUUGCCCGAAAACGAACAGCUAGUGGCACUAUGAGCUUCGAAGGUGACGUUAAUCAACCUAGAAUAAGAACGACACCCCCUGGUCGAACCAUUGAGGAUGAAGACAACACCCCUCCAGUAGUUUCAAGCAGACAUGGCUCCCCACAAAAGUCGAGAGCCACAUCUGCCGCGCUAUCACCUACCCCAACCUCAAAGCAAGUCCUCGUGAGCCGCAAAGUCUCUGCUCCUACACGAGCGACUGCUUCUCCUAGUCAGAGACCAGGCACCCGUUCAGGCGAGCAAGACCGGUCUCGUAAUCCCGUCAACAGACCGGAAGGUGAUCCGCCAUGGCUGGCUACUAUGUACAAACCUGAUCCAAUGCUACCACCAGAUCAACAGCUCAUCCCAACUCUGGCAAAGAAACAGAUGCAGGCUCAGUGGGCCGAAGAGGGGGCUGUUCCCAAAAUGUACGAUCGUGAUUUUACACCAAUCGCUGUACAUAGCGACACGGAAAUGGCCAAAUCCGAAUCUAGGUACCACAUGCAACGAACUCCAUCGCCUACGAGGGAAUACCAACCUGAGCCACUUGCUGAGCAGGUGCCGCCUCAGCAUGAAAAUAACGUUUUCCCACUCAAACCGAUGCUAAGUACUCAGAACAGUACCAGGCCUGGCACCUCCGGCAGUCACAGAGGGUCGUACAGCACUAUGCCCAAGGUUGCGAGUCCAGCAAUAAAAGAGCACAGUCCGAAGAUUGAGUCGGAUUCAAUACCAAAAUUGACGCCAGCACCGGUGCCAGUGGAUGGAGGAGGACCUACCGACGCACCUACUAUUACACGGAUACAGGCUCAGAACCUGGAAAGUCAAGAAGAUGCAAAGGUCAAGAAGACCUGUGGGUGUUGCAUCGUCAUGUAA